CUUUGUCGCUCAGCCUGUGAGAACAGGACGUGAGAAAGUCACCCCAACGCGGGCUUAGUGGCCAGCGAGCCAUAGAGUCCCUAGAGACUUGCCAAAGAUCACUGACACUAGUCUGUAUUGUUCUGAACCUCAGUCUACUCAUAGUUUAAAAAGUUACAGCAUAGGCUUCGUAGGGUUGCUAGAAAGAUUAAACAAAGUAGCGUUUACAGCUGUAGCGUGCCUGCAAGGGAGGAGCUUAAGAAAGGGUUCUUUCCCUGACUCCAUAGGUGUUUGCUAAAGUCACUAAGGUGGGAAAUCCUAGGCCUGUAAAUGCCGCGCGGACCACUGCUAGGCCUCCACUCCCAAGCUGAAUCCACCUGUGCAUAAGACACUGACAUGGAAGGACUUUAUCCACUGUGUCUCCCAAGGACACAUACCAUUGUGGUAUUGCUGAGCCAGAGCUGCUGGAGACAGGCCACAUAUCAACUGUGGAAUAGCAACUACACAGUGACAGGUGGACAGGUGCUCUGAAAUUGGGACUGAUGCUGAUGUGACUUUUGUGACUGUCCAGUUGUAUCCCUUGUCCUGGAUAAAUGAGGUAAUCCCUUUGAAGAUGCUAGGGCAAAAUGUUUGUCUCUAAAGGGAUCUUUACAGAAGAAUACGUUAAUUAUUUACUGGAAGAGUAUUUAGGAUCCUUAGGUAUGAAGGGGAGUAGUGAAGAUGUAAAACUUCCAGAAACACCAUGGAAAAAAGAACACUGAGGGGCUUCCCUGGUGGCGCAGUGGUUAGGAAUCCAUCUCCAAUGCAGGGGAUACCGGUUCGAGCCCUGGUCCGGGAAGUUCCCACAUGCCGCGAAGCAACUAAGCCCAAGUGCUGCAACUACUGAGCCUGCGCUGUCGAGCCCGCGAGCCACAACUGCUGAAGCCCACGCACCUAGAGUCCAUGCUCCAUGACAGAAGCCACCGCAGUGAGAAGCCCACGCACCGCAACAAAGAGUAGCCCCCGCUCACUGCAACUAGAGAGAGCCUGCACGCAGCAACGAAGACCCAACGCAGCCAAAAAUAAAUUUUUUUAAAAAAAGAAGAAAGAACAUUGGAUAGGAGUUGGCAUGGCAGCAGCGUGAUGCUGCCCUAGGUCAGUGUGUGAGCUGUUUCACUGCCAUUUCCCUGAGAGCAGAGUGAGGCAGGGUGCUGGCAGCCUGAGACAAGAUGAAGACGGUGCUCAUGGUGGCUGAGAAGCCGUCCUUGGCCCAGUCCAUCGCCAGAAUCCUCUCUCGAGGGAGCAUGUCCUCACGCAAAGGGCUGAACGGGACAUGCUCAGUGCACGAGUACACCGGGACCUUCACUGGCCAGCUGGUCCGCUUCAAGAUGACGUCCGUCUGUGGUCAUGUGAUGACCCUGGACUUCCUGGGAAAGUACAACAAGUGGGACAAGGUGGACCCCGCCGAGCUGUUCAGCCAGGCCCCAACGGAGAAGAAGGAGGCCAACCCCAAGCUGAACAUGGUGAAGUUCCUGCAGGUGGAGGGCAAAGGCUGUGACUACAUCGUACUGUGGCUGGACUGCGACAAGGAGGGAGAGAACAUCUGCUUCGAGGUCCUGGAUGCGGUGCUGCCUGUCAUGAAUCAGGCCCACAGUGGCGAGAAGACAGUGUUCCGGGCCCGGUUCAGCUCCAUCACAGACACAGACAUCUGCACUGCCAUGGUCCGCCUGGGUGAGCCCGACCACAACGAGGCACUCUCAGUGGAUGCGCGGCAGGAGCUGGACCUGCGCAUCGGCUGCGCCUUCACCAGGUUUCAGACUAAAUACUUCCAGGGGAAAUACGGCAACCUAGACAGCUCACUCAUCUCCUUCGGGCCAUGCCAGACCCCCACGCUGGGCUUCUGCGUGGAGAGACAUGAUAAAAUCCAGUCCUUCAAACCGGAGACCUACUGGGUGCUGCAGGCCAAGGUGGAUGCCGAUAAGGACCGAUCCCUCCUUUUGGACUGGGACCGAGUGCGUGUGUUCGACCGGGAGAUCGCACAGAUGUUCCUGAACAUGACCAAGCUGGAGAAGGAGGCCCAGGUGGAGGCCAUGAGCAGGAAGGAGAAGGCCAAGCAGAGGCCACUGGCCCUGAACACCGUGGAGAUGCUGCGUGUGGCCAGCUCUUCCCUGGGGAUGGGCCCACAGCACGCCAUGCAGACCGCAGAGCGCCUCUACACGCAGGGCUACAUCAGCUACCCGCGCACCGAGACCACCCACUACCCCGAGAGCUUCGACCUGAAGGGGCCUCUGCGGCAACAGGCCAACCACCCCUACUGGGCUGACACGGUGAAGCGGCUGUUAGCGGAAGGUAUCAACCGCCCACGGAAAGGCCACGACGCUGGCGACCAUCCCCCCAUUACCCCCAUGAAGUCUGCCACGGAGGCUGAAUUAGGCGGCGAGGCCUGGCGGCUGUACGAGUACAUCACCAGGCACUUCAUCGCCACAGUCAGCCAUGACUGCAAGUACCUGCAGAGCACCAUCUCCUUCCGGAUCGGGCCUGAGCGCUUCACUUGCACAGGCAAGACCGUCAUCUCCCCAGGUUUCACAGAGAUCAUGCCUUGGCAGAGUGUGCCCCUGGAGGAGAGCCUGCCCACCUGCCAGAGGGGCGACACCUUCGCCGUGGCUGAGGUCAAGAUGCUGGAGAAGCAGACGAGCCCCCCUGACUACCUGACGGAGGCUGAGCUCAUCACGCUCAUGGAGAAGCACGGCAUCGGGACGGAUGCCAGCAUCCCCGUACACAUCAACAACAUCUGCCAGCGUAACUACGUGGUCGUGGAGAGUGGGCGCCGACUCAAGCCCACCAACCUUGGUAUUGUACUGGUGCACGGCUAUUACAAGAUUGAUGCGGAGCUAGUGCUCCCCACCAUUCGCAGUGCAGUAGAGAAGCAGCUGAACCUGAUCGCCCAGGGUAAAGCCGACUACCGCCAGGUCCUGGGCCACACCCUGGACGUCUUCAAGAGGAAGUUCCACUACUUCGUGGACUCCAUUGCGGGCAUGGAUGAGCUGAUGGAGGUGUCCUUCUCGCCCCUGGCGGCCACCGGCAAGCCCCUUUCCCGCUGUGGGAAGUGCCACCGGUUCAUGAAGUACAUCCAGGCCAAGCCAAGCCGCCUGCACUGCUCCCACUGCGAUGAGACCUACACCCUCCCCCAGAAUGGCACCAUCAAGCUCUACAAGGAGCUCCGGUGCCCGCUGGACGACUUCGAGCUGGUUCUGUGGUCAUCAGGCUCGCGGGGCAAGAGCUACCCGCUGUGCCCAUAUUGCUCCAACCACCCACCCUUCCGAGACAUGAAGAAAGGCACAGGCUGCAACGAGUGCACACACCCCACCUGCCAGCACUCGCUGAGCAUGCUGGGCAUUGGCCAGUGCGUGGAGUGCGAGAGCGGUGUGCUGGUGCUCGACCCCACCUCAGGCCCCAAGUGGCGGGUGGCCUGCAACAGGUGCAAUGUGGUGGCGCACUGCUUCGAGAAUGCCCACCGCGUGCGUGUGUCUGCCGACACCUGCGGCACCUGCGAGGCCGCACUGCUGGACGUCGACUUCAACAAGGCCAGGUCCCCACUGCCGGGUGACGGCACGCAGCACACGGGCUGCGUCUUCUGCGACCCUGUCUUCCAGGAGCUGGUGGAGCUGAAGCACGCAGCCUCCUGCCACCCCAUGCACCGCGGGCCUGGGAGGAGGCAGGGCCGGGGCCGGGGCCGGGGCCGGAGGCCAGCGGGGAAGCCAGGCACCAGGAGACCCAAGGACAAGAUGUCGGCCCUGGCCGCCUACUUCGUGUGACGGCCCUGCCCAGGCUCUGCAUGGCGUCCUCUGGGUUACAGAAAUCAUUAAACACAUUGUCUUCUCCAGAA